ACCCUACUUACUGCAUAACCGAGGAGGGAAACAAAUUUAUAAUACCCCUCCUACCCGACAAUUCCCUCCUCCUCCUUCAUCUUCACCCACCCAAACCAACACAAAAAGAGCAAAGACAUAACCAAAUUACCGCAUUACACAGUAGAAGCAGUACUACUACUUCUAUUCCUCUCUCUCCUCGACAUUUUUAUCCACCUCCAUCAUUCGCAUCCUUCGCUAACCGCUUCGUCCUCCUUCCUUUCUCUCAGUUGACACCUUAUAGCUCCUCCAGUUCCGUCCUGAUUUUUCCAACCUGCUGUGUUCGAUGGCUAUGUUGUUGGACAAUUGUGAGAGCAUUUUACUGUCAUUAGACUCGCACAAAUCGGUGCCGGCUCCUUUCCUCACCAAGACAUACCAGCUGGUGGAUGAUCCCACCACCGAUCACAUUGUGUCUUGGGGCGAAGACGACACCACCUUCGUCGUUUGGCGUCCUCCUGAGUUCGCCAGGGAUCUCCUCCCCAACUACUUCAAGCACAAUAAUUUCUCCAGCUUCGUUCGCCAGCUUAACACUUACGGUUUUAGGAAGAUCGUGCCGGACAGAUGGGAGUUCGCGAACGAGUUUUUUAGGAAGGGAGAGAAGCAUUUACUCUGCGAGAUCCACAGAAGAAAGACGGCUCAACUUCACCAGCAUGUCCCCGUUAAUCAUCAUCCUCCUCACCCGCCACUUCCGUUGGGACUCAACGUUCCUACUUUCUUUCCCUUCUCAACCACCAGAAUCAGCUUGUCUCCGUCCAACGAUUCCGAUGACCAACCGCCCCAUUGGUGUGACUCGCCACCGCUCACUUCUCCAAGCGGCGGCACCGGCAUGGUGACGCUGUCCGAGGACAACGAAAGACUGAGAAGAAGCAACAACAUGCUCAUGUCUGAGCUGGCCCACUUGAAAAAACUCUAUAACGACAUCAUCUAUUUCGUCCAGAAUCAUGUCAAGCCCGUGGCUCCAAGCAACUCUUUCUCUCCCUCUCUGCUCCUACCCAAUACAUGCUCACCAUCUAUGCCUCCUGCAGCUACAAACGUUUCCAUGGUGCAAAGGCAAAUGAAUCAGCUUCUGGGGUAUUAUUCUACAUCUGCUAGCUCAAAGCAAACUACUCCUCAAGUAUCUCGUUUUGUGAGAUCUCCCGCGACCUUCACGUCAAGAAGUUCCGUCUCCAUUGUGGAAGAACCCUGCAGCAAUACCAAGCUUUUUGGCGUGUCUCUUCAAUCCAAGAAAAGGGCGCAUCCUGACUCUCAUUCUAUUACUCCUGCCAAUUCCGAAAUGAACAAGGCUCGACUGGUCUUGGAAAAAGAUGAUGACCUGGCCUUGAAUCUCAUGCCACCUUCGGCAUGUUAGAAUUCUUAUUAGAUAUACCACUUUUUUUCCCCGCUUAAUUUCUUCCUCUCAUUUGUUUGUUUCUUCUUUUCUUUUUUUUCAUUUUUUCUUCUUCUUCCUCCUUGAUCCUAAGUCUCAGUGAAGGAGAAUGAUAUUGAUGGAAACUUGAGUGUGCGCGUGCGUGCGUGUCAAUGCUGUUUUGUGAUUCCGUGUACAUAUGGCACCAAAUAUUAUCUUUGUUCCCCACAUAUCAUCCAUUGAUGGAGGCAGGUUUUGGGUAGAGUGAAGGCCAAAUUAAAAGCAAAACUUUAAAUGUUCAUCUUCUCUUUCUGGAUUCUUGUUGAGUUUUCUUUCUUUUCACUGGCGCAAUUUACUGCUGUGCAUUAUUAUGGUAUUAUUU